UUCCUCUAAUAGUGGAGAUGUGUUGUGGUGUUGUAGAGGCAACUGGUCUGGAGUACACUGGUAUAUACCGUGUACCGGGCAACAACGCCAUGGUGUCUAACUUGCAGGAGCAUCUCAACAAGGGCAUGGACUUGAACACUGCUGAAGAGAGAUGGCAGGACCUGAAUGUUAUCAGCAGCCUACUUAAAACAUUCUUCCGAAAACUGCCUGAGCCUCUGUUUACUGACGAUAAAUACAAUCACUUCAUUGAUGCCAACCGGAUUGAAGAUGGAGAAGAGAGAUUAAAGACAAUGAACAAACUGAUCCAUGACCUGCCAGAUCAUUAUUAUCACACCCUUAAGUUUCUGUUGGGUCACCUUAAGAAGGUAGCAGAUCACUCUGAAAAGAAUAAGAUGGAGCCGAGAAAUCUAGCCCUGGUGUUUGGACCCACUCUGGUGAGGACAUCAGAGGACAACAUGACAGACAUGGUCACCCACAUGCCUGAUCGCUACAAAAUAGUAGAGACCCUUAUCCUGCAUUAUGACUGGUUCUUCAGUAACGAAGAGCUCGAUAAAGAAGAGAAGGCCCCAGAUGAUAAUUGGGACAUGCAGCCUUUGCCCAACAUUGACCAUCUGCUGACCAACAUUGGCAAGCCGGGCAUGCCAAGAGAGGCAUCAGGUUCCACCACCAGCGAUUCUCUUAAGUUAAAGCUUCCCUCUGCAUCCAAAAAAGACCCGAACACCAAGUCCAUCAUCGCUGCCGUCUCCCACAAACAUAAAAAAAGUCCAAGUAUCCACACGGUGAGCAGAAACACUGAUGAGAUUUCUGCGCACGAACCAGCCAAAGCCAGCAAAUAUGGUGAAGAAGGAGGGGUAGGGGAAAAAGAAGAAAGAGCAGAGCUAGAUCAAGUCGAGGGAGAACAAACCAUCCUAAAAACUGAAAAAAGGAUAGAGGGAAAGAUCUCACUUGUAGGAGGAGAAGAAGCUAAAGCAAAAGGAGCAGGCAGUGAUGCAAAGAUGUCAAAAAGGAGGAACAGCCAAAGAACCAACUUACCACCAUCACAGCUUUAUCCAAAUAGAGGAUCUGACUCAACCCGUCAGAUCCACACCGCAUGCUCAAAAUCACCACCUCUCAGGAACCCUCCUUCCCAUUUUAAUCACAGUCUGGCCAGAAGAUAUCAGACCAUUCCUUUCUGGGUAUUACCCACCAGGUCACGCAACAUCAGCAGCCAGAGUGGAACUGCUCAGCACCAGUCAGCACCAAUCUGCUAUCGGAAAACUAGAGGUGGGAGGACAAGGGCUGUGUCCAUGAAUCUUGACCUCGAGCUGGGCAGGAAUGAGGAUAGUGUAAGAGGAUGUAGAGAUGAUAGGGUGAAGGUAGUCAGAAUGACUGAGGGAGAGCCAGGUCCCAGGUCGCUACCUCACUGUGCACAGAAGGUUCCCUCUCUCAUCUCCUCUUCAUCAGGAUGGAUAGAUCAGAGUUCCUCAGGACAUCCCACUGUCAUCCUAAGGAGAUCAGGCCUAGACCUGCAGGACAAGUCGAGAGCAUGGCGUCGCCACACAGUGGUAGUUUAACCAGUCUGUUUCAUCCACACUAAUGAAUACCAAGCACUUGGCCUUUACUCACUAACACUGUGUCGCAGUUGUCCACAAGCAGGAAAACUGUCUCCAGAACAUUCUAUUGGAGAUGUAAUGUGUCAUUGGAAAAAAUGUCAUUGUGUGCAACUGCAAUGUCAUUGCAAAGUGACAAAAAUAAUGCACGGUACUAGGAUCUUUAUCUUAUUUUCACAUACUGCACUUCCUCUCAUCUGCUGCGGAUUUUUCUCUCCUACAAACAUGUUCAGAAAUAAAACAGCUUAAAAUAAAAUCAAAUAUACACUUCUUCAAAAAUGAGGAAAGAAAUAGCACUCCUGACAACAACUGAUGUCAUAGACACUUCAUAUAAACCAUAUAAAAGAUGGAGGCUAGCUACAUUAGUGAGAAAGCUGCAUUCAUAAUCUUGUGAACCAAAAAAAAGUCCACGCACAUCUUCCUCUGUCAAUGGAGCAGGUGCAGAGCUGAAGAAAUGAGAUGAAGAAGAAAUAAUGGUUUGCACACUACAGAACUCGAGAUUCAUUAUUUAUUGCAUGCAAUAAAUAAAUAAAUAAAUAAUCAUUUGGAAUGAAAACCUACAACAGUAUAAACGUAAAAGUGCUAUGUGGUCAUAUACAUUUGAGAGAAAACCACAGCAGACAUUUGAAAUUUAGCUGAAGAGCUGUUGCUACUCUAGUUAGAGCAAGUCACAGUGAAGGAUUCAUCUUUGUUUUCUCUGCAGACUCUGAAAUACUUUAACUGGUUUUCCUUUUGCCUUCUGGUUUUGACUAAUCACCACUCUCAGUCUCUCGCUAUAUGAUUGGACUUUUUAGACUAAAAAAUACUUGCAUGGUCAAAACAAAUACAAAUAUGCAAACCUUAAGUGUACAGUAAGACUAUUGUGUUUCCCAGUGUGUGUGUGUGUGUGUGUGUGUGUUGCAUGAGGAGGGCCAGAGCUAUAAUAAAACCUGUUUCGUCAUACGUUUUCAGGGCAGCUAUGUGAAGUCAUGCCAAUUUCUUUGUGUUUUUUUCUCUGUUUGUGUAAUCAUACAGUGUCAGCAGUGUGCAAACAUGAUAAAUAUUUGUUGUUUAUCAUAUUGUGAACUCAUACUUAAUGUCAGUGUUACAGAGACAAGAAAGCAGCUAAAAGCAGCAAGCGAACCACGUCCUUAAAU